AUGAGGCACCUGGAGUUGGGCCCCCGGACGUCCCCAAGCCUGCCACCUGCGCUGGGGCCCUCAGGCGAGCAGAGGCCAAGGGCUGCCCUCAGCUGUGCCCUGCUGCCGCCUCUGCCGACUGUGUCAGGCACCCUGCGCAGCCCAUGUGUCCAGAAACACAUUCCCCCGGGGCCAAUCCAGCCUCCUCCCGUCAGCCGGGCCAGGGCUGCCAGCACUCGGAUCCGCACAAUGCAAGUCACAGACCACAGCCCGAUGCUAAUCUCGGGGUCCACACACACAGGCAGCACCACGCAGCAGGACGCAGCUGAGCAUGGCGGCUCCGACCUGGCAGCGCUUCGCUCUCCAGCGCCACCUGCCAGCCGCCCGGGGGCACUGCAGCCGGGGCUCGGGACGUGGGGCAUGGGGCGUGGGGCCUGUGCCAAGGGCGAGCUCGCUCCCCACCUAGUGCGCGGUCACAGCUUUGGGACCUGGGAGCACGGUGACCUCUGCAUCACGUGGGGCCGGGUGGGGAGCAGGGACAUGGCGGGCUUCUCCGCCCUGCGUGACAGCCCAGACCCCAACGGGUACCUCGCUCGUACAGCCGGACCGCCUCCAGCAACCACCCGACCUCGGCAGCAAGGCCACGCACCCCCAGGCGGGACGGGCCUGGACCCCGUCUACAGGGGCGGCUAUUCGCUCGUGGGUCUGCACGACACCAGCGACACUGAGAUCAACCAAGGCUCCCGGCCUGAGCGGGCUGCACCGGGCGCCCUGGCGGAGUCGCAGGAGCCACAGCGCCCGGUCCCUGUGCGGCAGGCAGGCGGCCCCAACCUCCCUGCCUGUUCUCAGCGGCUCAGGCACACGGGCGUCAACGCCAGCAAUCAGCCCACGCGAGUCCUUCCAGGGCGCCAGAACCUGCCGGCCGCCCAGUUAACUCUCCACCCCCAGAGAGGCAACCGGCGCAAGACACUGGUGCAGGCCGCCCGCCCGGCUGGCCGAGCUCCAGGGGCUGAGCCGGGCCUGCAGGUCCUACCCGGCGGGGCUCUGAGUCCCCCCUUGGCCGCUGCCGGGCCGCUCAAGUGUGGCAGCCCCAUGCUCCGGGUCCACCCUCCCAAGGUCCCGAGCGAGGGAGAGGAGCGCGGCCCACUGACCUCCACCAGCUUCAUCACGGGCACAGGGUUGAAAAAGUGGAGGCCGGCAAAGCGGUCCUGCCGCGUGGUGGCAUUGGCGAUGCUGGUGAUCUGCAGGGACGACGUGUUGCUGGCAAAGAUGGUGUGCCUGCAGGACAGCGGGCUGAGUGCACCGGGCCUGGGGGCGGGAACUCCCACUGCCUCCGUGUCCGGUCCACCGCAGAGGCAGCAGGGCCGCAGCUCAAAGGCGCCGGCGGCCGGCCCUCCAGCGGACGGCUGGGCUCUCCUGCAGCGCCACUUGGCGGAUGGGAGCACACACCAGCCGGCCCAACUCCAGGUUCCAGCCUUCUUGCGGGGUGGGGGGCCCUGCUCCGCCCUGCUCAAGAGAGCCGCCCGAGACAGGGAACGCGUGGUUCUCCACGAUGGCCUCCACCACCAGGUCGGUGCUGUGCACCACGGCCACGGCGUCCGUGCUGGUCGUGAUGCUGCUCAGGGUCUUGGCCACGAACUCAUCGGCAGCCUGAGGCAGCAGGAGGAGGGGCCAUCACCUUGGGCCCUGCUGCAGGGCGGGAGGCCUGGCCUGCACACCCAGGGACGCACGACCCGCCUGCUUCUGCCUCGCCUCCUCCUGACUCGGGCUGACUGCGCGCUGGGGCCUGUCUGGGACCCACCAUACCUGGGGGACCCCAACACGGACACGAAGAAACUCAGACUCCAGCUGCAGCAGAGGCGGAGGCCGCUCCGGAGCGAGCGCGGCCGCGACAGAAGAGCGGCUCUAAAGGGCCAAGAGCGGGCCGGGCUGCAGGAGCCCCGUUCGCCUCGCACAUGGCCGCCGAGCUCGCGCCGCGCGGUCCCGAGCGCGCAGCAUGCCGGGCAGGCGCCAGCGCGGGCCGGGCCGCCCGCCGCUCACCUGAGCGAUGCCCGCGCCCAUCAGCCCGCCGCCGAUGACCGUCACGUGCUUGACGACGAUCUUCUUGGCCGAGGCCGAGGCGGCGGCCGCGGAGGACACGGAGCGCACGAAGUGGCGGGUGACGAAGGCCAUGGUGUGGCGCGGCUCGGCAGCGGGACCGACCAGGACAACGACCAGGACAGCGGGCCACGGGCGAGCGAUCUCUGCGCGCCGAGGCCCCGCCUACUCGCGUCCCGGCGCGCGCGGCGUCGCUGGUGGGCGGGGACUCUCGGCGCGCGCCCAUUGGCCCAGGCUGAGGGCGACGGCGUUCGGUCGUCAGCGCGUGUGGACGUCAGCGCGUGCGGCUGGUCAAGUGGACCCUUCCGCCGCGAGGGAAGGACGCGAGCGCCGACCCCGAGUCCGACGGCUGACGACCUGAGGCUCCCUGCGCAGGUGAGCGGGAGAGGGGACGCCGGCUGCAGGUACCCCCGUUUGGCGAGAGCCGCGGAGAACGGAGAAUUACCCCAAAUCAGUACAAUGGCACAUGAAAAACCAGAUUUGCAAAUUUUGGGGGAGGUCGAAAGUGAAUCAUCAAGUGACUCAUCCACCGAUGUUGAUGACAUUGAUAUUGACCAUUUGAGCCAAAGAUCCUGUGACAGUGAAACGGACCAAGAAUUGACUGAUACAGACACAAGGAAUGAAAACCUCUUUGAUUCACAUGAUGAAGAAAACAUCAACGUGAGUACAUAUUUGACCAGUCAAAAUGCAACAAAAUGGUCAUCUGUGCCUGAAAGAUCCAAUGUUCGAACUAGGUCUGAAAAUACUGGGUUCUUGGCAGGGGUGAAACCAAUUGGUCGGAAUGCCAGCACUGCAAUUCAGUGUUGGAAAUUGAUUGUAACAGACGAUAUGCUACAAGAUGUUGUGAAACACACAAAUACUGAAAUACAACUAAAACGUUCUGUAUGCACUGAUAGUCAUACUCAAAAAUGUGUUUAUUAUGACACCUCACUAUCUGAACUGAAAGCAUUCAUAGGUCUGCUAUACUUAGCAGGGCUUUCUCAUGCUAAUCGUAGGAAUGUAAAAGACUUAUGGAGAAGUGAUGGCUGUGGGCUUGAAAUUUGUAGAAUAACAAUGACACUGAGGAGAUUUGGUUUCCUUCAGAAUUGCCUGAGGUUUGAUGACAAAACCACCCGCCAAGAAAGAAAAAGAGCCGAUAAUCUGGCCGCUAUCCGCUCAUUAUUUGAGAGCUUUGUCUCAAACUGCCAAGCAGUUUACACACCCUCUGAAUACAUGACUAUUGAUGAACAGCUUGCAGCAUUUCAUGGUUGCUGUAGCUUUAGGCAGUGUUUGCCAAAUAAGCCUUCAAAAUAUGGUAUAAAAAUAUAUGCCCUGGUAGAUGCAAAGACAUAUUAUACUUUCAAUUUAGAAAUUUAUCCUGGAACUCAGCCACCAGGUCCUUAUUCGUGUAGUAAUAAACUGAAUGAUGUUGUAAAUAGACUUGUUGCUCCUAUCUCCCAAACUCAUCGGAAUGUGACAUUCGACAGUUGGUUUACCAGUUACCCAUUGAUGUUACGUUUACUAAGAGAACACCAGUUGACCAGCGUAGGAACUAUACGCAAGAACAAAGCAGAAAUUCCCAGUGAAAUGUUGCAAGUUCGAAAUAGAGAAUUGUAUAGUACAAUCUUUGGAUUUCAGAGAGAUAUAACAUUGGCUUCCUAUAUGGCAAAGAAAAACAAAGUGGUACUUCUGAUGUCAACAUUGCAUCAUGAUGGCAGUAUUGAUAGAGAUACCGCGACACAAAUGAAGCCAGAGAUGGAAACUUUUUACAACAAGACCAAAAGUGCAGUAGAUGUUGUUGAUGAAUUAUGUAGCAACUAUGAUGUCACUCGAAACACAAAGCGUUGGCCAAUGAUUGUGUUUUACUUGAUCCUAAACAUAUCUGGUAUAAAUAGUUUCAUUGUUUACAAAGAAAAUAACAAGUGUAAAAUAUCACGAAGAAAUUUUCUUAGAGGAUUGGGACUGGAACUGAUAAGGGAACAACUACAGCAGAAGAAGGAUAAAAUGUUUCUGCCCAAGGAACUACGCCAAAAAAUUUUGGAGCUGACAGGUGAACAGGCAGGUGCAACAUCACAAAGACCUACUAGGACAAUAGAAAAACCAAAAAGAUGUCAUCUGUGCCCUAAAAAAAAAGACAGGAAAACAAAACACACAUGCUAUCAGUGUAAGGUAUACUUGUGUAUGGAGCAUACAGUUUUCAUGUGUGAAGACUGCCUUGCAUAUGAUAGUUGAAGCAAAGAUUAUUUCUGUGGUAGACUUUUGUUUUAAUAUCCCAGUACCAGGGCUAGAUCUCAGGACCUUGCACUUGACAGGUAGGGAUGGCACCAUUGAGCUACAUCCUCAGCCCCAUGUGGUAGACUUUUCUUUAUAUUUUUAUUGUAGUUCACAUAGGAGUUUGUUUCUGUUAUUAGGUUUUGUAAUCAAGUGAACAGUUGAUGUGAAAAUAUUGAUGUGUAUUGUAAACACUCAUUACAUAUUUGAUACUUUAUUGAUUUUUUAUUUUUCUGCUAAAUGCCUAUUGUAUAAUAUGGUAAGCUCCUGACAAAAGAGGAAGAUAAGAGGUGACAAGUACAGGCUGUCACACAUGAAGGGAAAGCUAAGCAUAUAUGCUGUCAGUGUGGCUGAGAUUUGUGUAUGGAGCAUGCUGUUGUCAUGUGUGAAGACUGCCUUAGGAGUGACAGUUGAAGCAAAGAUUAUUUCUGUGGUAGACUUUUGUUUUUAAUUUCAUUGUAGUUCACACACGAAUUUAUUUCUGUUGUUAUUUUUUAGGUUUUAUAAGCAAGUGAACAGUUGAUGUGAAAAUGUUGAUGUACUAAACACAUUACAUAUUAAAAUUUUACUAUUUUAUGGAUAUUUUAUUUUCCUGUUAAGUGCACAUUAAUAAAACUCAAAAUUAAAAUUAUUAAUUCAUCAAUAGAGAUACUUCUAAAACACAUGGCAUUAUAUGCCCCCAUAAUGUACCUUUCAAAAAAUUUUGCCAUGAUGCCCCCAGUUAACCACUUGUCAGUCCAAUUAUUUAAAUACAAGAUGACCAAGAUUACAUAUUUUUUAUUAAUUUUUAUAAGAUAAUAUGACCGGAAAUAUAAAAAUGACAGUUUUACCAAGUUUGUUCAAUACAAGAAUCGACUGGUUGAAAUGGCACUUGCCUGAGUGACACUCAGGAUAGUACAUAAAUACGUUUCUGGAGUCAUGCCAGGAGUGAACUGUUAAUUGGUUAAAAGCUUUGUCCACAAGAUAAAGACCAAAUUUCUAAAUCUGGCCCCAGUACUCUAAACCAGUGAUGGCAAACCGUUUAGAGCUUUCAGUGAUAAAACAGCCUGCUGUGGCACAUGUGCUGUAGGUUUGCCACCUCUGCCCUAAACUUUUAGUUUCUUCUAUUCCUCAAGUACUUAAAUUUUAGCCACAAAAAAGUAAAGUUACCUAUUCUGAUUUUCAAAGUAUCCCUCACAAAAAUCCCAAUUGCUAGUUCACCUAAAAGUGAAUUAAAGGCGAACUCAGAAUUAAAAUAUGCCUUAACUAUAAUUCUCAGGCAUUCUUCAGAGCCAAACGUUUAGAAUGAAGUAAAGCUAAUAGUGACUUCUUGUUUCACUUUAAAAAAUAAAACCAUUAAUUUUGAAAUAAGUUCUUGAAGGCAAGAAACAUUUCUUGUUCAUCUAUGUGCUGGACAUGACACUAGGUGCUCCAAAAAGCAGAAGUGACUAGAAUGUGGUCUUUGUUCUUCAAAAAGCACCUGCCAAAGUAGGUGAAAUAAAACCAGAACGGUGACAGCAAUGUUUAAAUGCUUUCCAGAGUGCAAUGUGAGGCUGUGGGAGGUGUGUGGCUAAGCAUGGUGGGGAUGGAAACGGGUGGGUUCAUGAGGAAAUGUGUUGCAAGAGUAACACCUAACAUUGGAUAAAUGCUCAACUUCCCAGACUGUGUGGUAAAUAGUUCACAUGUAUU